ACAAAAUGGUUGCUUCAUGGAUCCUCAAUUCUGUUUCUCAAGAAAUUGCUACAAGUAUAGUCUAUAAGGACACUGCUCUUGAAAUCUGGAACGACCUUAGGGAAAGACUUUCACAAGGAAAUGGACCACGAGUUUUUCAAUUACUGAAGGAUAUUUCUGGUGUUACUCAAGGUCAAUCAUCAAUUACAUCGUAUUUCACUCAAUUGAACGUGCUCUGGGAUCAAUUGCAAAUAUUUCGACCUUUUCCAAUGUGUUCUUGUGGAUUUUGCAGUUGCAACUUAGGUCAGAAACUCAAUGAUCUUCAGCAUCAAGAUUUAGUGAUGCAAUUCUUAAUGGGUCUUAAUGACUCCUAUGCUCAAGUUAGGGCACAAAUUUUAUUGAUGGACCCUCUCCCAUUCAUCAACAAAGUGUACUCUUUGCUAAUUCAAGAAGAAAGGCACUGUAUUAUGGGAAACAAUUCAGGUCCUCAUGUGGAAUCAUCAACCCUAGUUACUGAGUUAUCUUCUUCUUCAGGAAAUAAAAAUAAAAUGAACUCUAAGGGGAAAGAAAAGCACGGUUGCAAUCACUGUGGAAUGAUGGGUCAUGUUGUUGAAAAGUGUUACAAGAUACAUGGCUACCCUCCCGGCUUCAAGCCAAAGAGCAAGAAUUCCUCAGUUGUAUACCAAGUCAAUCUUCAAGAUGAACAAGUUGAAAAGAAUUCUAGUUGUGCUUCUACUUCAUUCCCAUUCACUCAGGAGCAAUGUCAACUGUUCUUGGCUAUGCUGGGAACUCAGAUUCAGUCAAGCAAUUUCGCUUUCACUAAUAAAGAAACUCACAUGACCAACAAUGUAAUUCAGCUAGCCGCUCACUCCACUUCAAUGGCAGAAUUUGUAGCCAACAACUCAGAACUUUGUAGUCCAACGAUUAGUGAAGAAAGAAUUCUAUCACUAGGAGAGUAUUCAUUUUCCCCAUCAGCCAAGUUGGAGUCUGUUAGUUCUAUAUUGAAUGGAACAAAUCCAAUUCCAGCCAACUACUCUGACACCGAUGCUAAUGGAGCAAGUGGUCUUUCCAUUUCAUUACUCUUCCCACCUGCCAUGUCUGAAAUUGAAACAGAUGAUAGCUGUUCAGAAUCUAAUGAAACACCUCGUGCAGCAGCACAAUUCUCUUAUUCUAUAUCGUCAUGCUUCCCACCAGGUAGGUCUGAAACAGACAGUAGUUCUGAAAUUUAUGAACUAGUUCCAACUUAUCCUUCCAUAUCAGCAAGCCCUAGACGCACAACAAACUUCAAAAAGAUUCUUAAGCUGAAGAGCAGUAACAGUUCAAAAUCUAACCGAACACCUCUAAAAUUAAUUCAUUCCAAAAGAAAUUCCAUAUUGUCAUUAUUUUCCGCAGCCAAGUCGCUAACAAACAGUUCCAAAAGACCUAGACACACAAUCCUAACAAGAAGAUUCAAAGACUUGGAAAUUAUAGAUAGGGAAAACUUUCCUUUGAAAAUGCUACUUGAAGCCACUAACAACUUUUCAGAAGAUUGCAAGAUUGAAACAAGUCACUUUGCCCCAAUGUACCAUGCCAUUUUAGAUGAUGGCCGAGAAGUGGCUAUUAAGCGUGCUGACAAUGACAAUGAAUUCCUAAGUGAAUUGCAAGCUUCAUCCCGCCUCAAUCACAAGAAUGUUGCUCGCUUAUUGGGAUUUUGUAAAGAUAGUAAGGAGCGCGUAUUGGUCUAUGAGCACGUGGAAUAUGGUACCCUUCAUGGCCAUCUUCACAAUCCUGAAAGUACUUCUCUAAUGUCAUGGGCUGCCCGGAUUAAAGUGGCACUAGACAUAGCCAGAGGCAUUGAAUACCUACACGUGUAUGCAGUACCACCAAUCAUACACCGCGAUAUCAAACCGCUUAACAUAUUCCUAGAUGCCACGUUGACUGCUAAGCUGUCUAAUUUCAACUUAUCUGUGGAAGCCCCUGUCGACGAUUGGUCUGGUUAUGAAUGUGAAAGUGUGGUGGGCACUUCUGGGUACAUGGCGCCUGAGUAUGUAAUUAAUGGCAGUUUGACAACAAAAGUUGAUGUGUACAGCUUUGGAGUAGUAUUGCUAGAAAUGUUGUCCGGGCACAAGGCAUAUCAUGCAAAUGAAAAUAAUGAGGAAAGGUGUAUAGUUGAUUUUGUAGUGCCAUACAUUGCCCAAAAGGAAAUUCACAGGUUUUUGGACCCAAAAGUACCACCACCUUCCCCAUUGGAAAUGGAGACACUGGCAUAUGUUGCGUCCCUGGCAUUGGAUUGUGUAAGUAAAGAACGUGUACUUCGCCCCUCAAUGACUAAGGUUGCAAACAACCUACAAAGUGCCUUGGAAGGGAUUUUGGAAGGGCAAUGUAAUUGCUGA